AUGCCCACCCAGCAGCUCCUCCCUGGCUUCUUGCUUCUGUUCUGGAUGCCCGCCGGCCUGGCCCACCAUGGCGCCCAAGUCUGGGGGGACCCCCACACCCACGGGCCCCCGCGCUGCUACUCGGCUGAGGAGCUGCCCCGGGGCCAGCCCCCCCCGCAUCUGUUGGCCCGUGCUGCCAAGUGGGGGCAGGCUCUGCCCGUGGCCCUGGUGUCCAGCCUGGAGGCGGUGGGCCGCAGGAGGCGGCACGACGGCGCCCCCGCUGGGACCCAGUGCCCAGUGCUGCGGCCUGAGGAGGUACUGGAAGCCGACAUCCACCAGCGCUCCAUCUCCCCCUGGCGAUACCGCGUGGACACGGACGAGACCCGCUACCCGCAGAAGCUGGCGGUCGCCCAGUGCCUGUGCAGGGGCUGCGUCAGCGCCCGGACGGGCCGCGAGACCACGGCGCUCAACUCGGUGCCGCUGCUGCAGAGCUUGCUGGUGCUGCGCCGCCGGCCCUGCGCGCGGGAGCCCCGGGGGCCGCCCACGCCCGGCGCCUUCUCCUUCCACGCCGAGGUCGUCCGCGUGCCCGUCGGCUGCACCUGCGUGCUGCCCAGGUCGGCGCCCUGA